UGGCACACAGGAUUCUCAUAUUCGCAUGUAUAAAAGCUCGUAAUCUGCAAACAUAAUCAGUCAAACUCUAACGUCCUGUAGUGACAGCUUGCCCGUCAGACAGAGGCGUCCUAAUCUCUCCAUCAUGUUCAAAUUGUUCGUUCUUUUCGCCAUGGCGGCAGUUUGCACGGCCGCGCCUCGGCCCAGCGUGGUCGCCUAUUCCCCGGUGUACUCCCCGGUGGCCCCCGUGGUGUCUCACGUGCCGGUCGCCUACUCCUCCCAGUCCAGCACCGUGGUGCACUCUGCCCCGGUGUACUCCGCGCCGGUACUUCACUCCGUGGCGGUAGAGCCCGUCCUCCACGCAGUACCCGUGCAACCUGUAGUCCAUUCCGUGCCAGUGUAUUCUGCUUACGUUUAAAAUAGGUUUACGAGAAUGUUUCUAGUUAUUUUUUGUUAUAAUUUGAUGAUUUAAUAGCUUUAACACAACUUAAAAUGCGAUAGUAUAGUAGACAGCCCAUUUAUUUUGUUA